CCACAACAAUGCAGGCAGCGUGACUCAACAUGACGCAAUAUGGACUUCAUAUAAGUAUAGUUGUUUGUGACUGUUGCCAGUGUUACCAUUACUUCAUCUGCCCUCUGAAAGUCUCUUGCGAAGGAAGCGUCGUUACAUAUCCCGAGCAGAUAGAUGGAAGAAGAAGAAAACUUUCAACUCUACUCCGUUGAGGGUGGCGGAGAGGGAGGUCGUCACUCUCUGUUGAAAGCACCCAAAUAUCUCGCAAAGAGACACCAGGGAGUGCCCAGUGACCAAGUCUUCAACAUCCUCAUGGCUGAUGCGUCAGGUUCCAUGAAAGAGAGAUGGAAGAAGGUUGUUAGCGGGUGGCAGCGAUAUAUUGCUGGAAGGUUAACAGGUCGUUCAAAAAUUUACAUAUUUGACACCAUUGUCAGGUUCCUGAGAAAUGACAAAGUGCUUUUGGAAAAAGACUUCACAGGCUACUCUACCAACCUCACAGCGGCAUUUGAAACAAUCAGGUUAGAAAUAUCCAGUUGCAAGGAGUCUCACGUUAAUGUUUUUCUCGUCACUGAUGGCCAGCAUAACUUUCAUGAGAAAGUUGGACGGCCUGAAUCUGAAAUCAUUCAGAUGGCGCCACCUGCAGGGAAGACAGUGCGUGUGUUUGUCCUUGGAAUAGGGUGUGAGUUUCCAGUGAAUUAUAGUAUUGAUAUUCGUUCUCACCUGCAUAAUGGGUGUGCUAAUGUCCCUACUUUGUUCUGGGCUAAAGAGGAUGUUGAGAUAGAGGAAGUGAUGUCUGCUAUUGGUGCCGAAUUGAUCGCAACUUUUGCCAUUAUUCAUCUAAAUGUUGAAGGAUAUAUUCUCCCUGGUGGAGAUAAAACAAGUCGAAUCCAUCUCGGAGAAUGGUUGUAUUUUCCUGUGGCUCCAGAACAAUUGCCAGUGAUUACUGUCACAGUUAAUGAUGCGGAUUUCGAGUCUUUGACAAUGUCGCCUCAGGAAGUUGAGAUUGGACUUCUAAUUGAUGAGGUAUUCAGACAGUGGAAUUCGGUGAUGCUGCAGUUGCAUCGAAAAGGUUCUAGUGUUCCCUACGGCACUUUCAGUCUGAUGGAAUCUCUGUUCAAGUGUUCUUUGGAAAAGCUGAAAGCUAAUAUAAAAGGAAAUGGUAUCAAGAGUAGGAUCCAUUCGAAGCUUGCCAAAACUUGUGCCAGUGAAUAUGCAGCACUUAUGAACCAGAGUAAACAAGUCAUUGAUUUGGAUAAUCAGUACAAAGACGAAAUUCAGUUGGCUGAAGCAGUGUUAAAAACUACUGUUACCAAUAGGAAAUAUGACAGAAAGAACCUCCGAUUAAAGGGUCAUGGCAGUAAUGAAUUUGAAGCAGAUGUCGAGGCUUUCAAAACAAUAUAUGAUGAUAUCAGGGCAAACAUACUUUCCCUGCCAUCCCCAUCGUCUGAUGAAUGCUGCCAGUUGACUCAUACUUCCACUCUCGCAGAUCUGCAAGACCCUGACUUCCCAAUGGUGUUGGAGCAGAACAAGUUUAAUUUCCUAAAGACAUUUGCAAUGACUGGCAUUCCAGCAUACGCCCCCAUCCGUGAUGCUUCCCAGAUCAACCCGUGGACGAUCACGAUCAGACACUUGCUAUCUUCUCCUUAUGCUGUUUUAAGCCAGAAAGCCCUGGAAGCUUGUGCCGAGGAAGACCCAGGCUGCUUAGAUGCAGAGGAAAAAUUUGUUUUAGCUGAUAAGAAUGAUCCCAAAACAAAGUUCAACAUAAUCAUUCCAUUAGUGCCCACAACUGCAACAAAGAUAUUGAAGCCUGUUGUCUGUUCAAAUUUGUACGCAAUGCUUUCUACCUUUUGUAUACUGAAGAACCCUCAUGUUGUCGACUACGACGCUCACAUUGCUUCCUUGGCUGCAGCUUGGGUUUCAACGGUAAGAAAUUUCCCCAUUGAUGGGAGACCACAAUUCAUCUGCAACAGGCUAGAAAGUAUCAUUGCAACAGCCAAACUUUACAUAACUCGUCCAUCCAUAAAAACUUACAUCGCUGCACUUUUAAUAGACCCCGAUCAGGCCCUCAUGACGGAAAGCACACAGGAGUUCGAGGGUCACACUGUCAAGUCCGAGUCUCUCGUAAAGCCAAUGUUCUUUCUGUAUAUCAUGAAGAAUAGGCUCAAAGAACGAGAAAAGGAGUCCCUGUUGGAGAUGCUUAUGGCGGAAUUCAUCGGUCGUUGUGUUCCACACUGCGCGGAUUAUGCAAAGACUUCUCCUUUCACCGAGUUCUUUGCCCGAGAUGUGAGCAGUCCCAAGAAGAAAGAAGCAUGGAUAGAGAAUACCCUUCAGGCUCUGCUUUGUAACCUUCGUGGGAUUUGCCACUCUCUCUUGGAAGCCUUCUUCACUUUGGAUGACCUACGUUUAGCCAUCAAGAAGUGGGUGAAGGAAAAGGGCAACAUAUCUGGUCCAAUGCCAUUCGAAAACUUACUAAACAUCGACAUGGCAAAGAUUAAGGAGUUGAGGAACUUUGGAGGCUGCGGUGAUGUAAGGGCGAGUGAUUUCAAGUGUUGGGCCGAAGAAAUGGGCCUUGGGAGAGCCAGUAUCAAGAAAGCAGCGUCCCCAGAAAUGGUAACAGUUUACGUGUGUGAAGCUCUGCUGAAUCGCAAUUCGAGGGACCGGGUGUUGAAAGCAGCCAUGACCAAAGAAGAUGCCAUGGCCAUUGUUCAUCAAAGAGUGAUGGCUGAGACAUCUCUUUGGCUAAGAUCAGAACUACUGCAGAAGGUUUAUUCAUACAUUGAGGAGACAUGGAAGCACGAAUAUUUCAUUGCUCAUCAGAAUGUAGUGAUGCCCAUGACACCUAUUGAAGUGGUGAAGAAAGCCACCGAAAAGGGCAUCGAUGUCUCUCUAGAGACAUUCAAGCAAAUUUACAGGUACAACGACAGACUGGGCUUACUGCGCAAUGCAUGUCAGCUUCCAAGUUGCCCUCAUUAUCUGGUACCCCGGAGGAACUUCAAUCAGCAUUUGUCAGUUGAGAGGGAACGAAAGGACUUCCCACAUGCGCUCCAUCUGGUGUCUAAGAAUCUGGGACCGGAAGGUUGUGACCGCGUGGUUGAAGAGGUGUCACAGGGAAGUCACUCUGGCACGAACUACAGGAGACGUCCCUUACCACCACCCGUCGACACCCUGACACCUUUGAAGGAUCAGAUAUCGAGGCUUAUCGAUCGCUACACCGAGGAGAGAUAAAAGGCAGUUUUAGAUUAGCUCAGUUUUGCAUAGAGAAGGCUGCCUCGCCGUCAUUUGUGAUAAGUUUGUGUGGCGUAGAAACUAGCGUUGGCAUGCGUAGUAUAUAAUGUUCGAAACUCACAAUGCCGUAGACUUAUAUGUUUAUAAGGAAUUAGUUCUUGUUUUGAAAGUGUUAAGUAGUAACAUACAGAGUUAUUUUUUAUAUACAGAUAAAGUUGAAUUAGAUGAAUCAGACGAUAUUAAAUCUAUUUUUGUACCCACAUGUGAAAAAUAAGUAGUUUUGAUGCAUGCAGUAGUUUUUUGUUUGUUUGGAUAAAAGGUUGGCAAUGUCUAGUAGUAUGUAAUGUACAUAUGCUUAGAGUAAAUUUUAAUUAUGUAGAGAAAAAUCAAUAUUGUAAUAUAAUAUAUUUUCAUAUCAUACAUGUAAUAAGUCAUGCAGUUAGUAAAAAAUGGAAUUAUGAA